CGCAUUCUUACCAAUAGAGAACCGUUCGCGCAACACCGCCGUCUUACCGCAAUGCCUUACAUCCUCUACAACAUUUACAGCAGCCCACCGUGCCUCAUGGUCCGCAUGCUGGCAAAGCACAUCGGCGUGGACCUGGAGCUGAAGAAUGUGAAUACUUCCAAAGACGAGCACCGCACCCCUGAGUACCAAAAGAUAAAUCCAUUCCAGAAGCUUCCUACGCUUUCCGAUGAUGGCUUCAUUUUAUAUGAAAGUCUGGCCAUCUGCUACCAUCUGCUGAGGAAGCACGCCCCCGAUUCCGAACUUUACCCGACCUGUAUCAAGGCUCGUGCGCGCGUCGAUCAAGCACUUGCCACGGUUGUUAGCACAAUACAGCCGCACUUCUUGAAAUUCAUGGGACCGUUCCUAGAUGCUGAGAAGUAUCCAAAACUGAAGGCCUACUACAACCGCAUCAAGGCUGUGCUUCCAUACUUCGACGAGAUCAACCAGCCAGGGAUCACCAGCUUGAGAAUGUGUUGGGCUCACCUCAAUCCUCUGUCAGCACUGGGCAAGGACAGAGAAGGUGCUCGAGGGUCUUGGGGUCGCCGCAACCUUCGCAGGCCGGCGUUUGUGAGCACUCCGGCGCAGUUCGAAUUCGACGACAGCUGUGCAAUCACACUGCGUGGGAAAAAAACGGUGCGCCGCAUUCAGACUCCGUCAUUUUUAAACGGUACUUGUGGAAGCAACAUCGCCACCAUGGCCAUCACCCUCUACAAUUUGCACCGGAGCCCUCCCUGCUGUUUUAUCCGUUCGCUCGCAAAGCACCUGGGUAUUGAGCUGAAUUUAAAAGAUUUGAACUUCGCCACGAAGGAACAUUUUAGCGAGGACUACCUGAAGAUAAAUCCGUUUCACAAGGUACCAGCCAUUGACGAUGACGGCUUUGUUGUUUACGAAAGCAAUGCCAUCGCCUACUAUCUGCUUCGCAAGUACGCCCCCGAGUCUGAUCUAUACCCUACCUGCAUCAAGACUCGAACUCGCAUCGACCAGAUUCUGGCAUGUGCUUCCAGCACAAUUCAUAACCAUUCAGUGGUUUUCGUCCGCCCUCGUGUCUGGUGCAACUCCAAGCCAACUGACGAAGAAGUGAGAGCAUUUGAAGAGGACGUAGUCAGAGGGCUCGAACACCUGAUCGGGGAAGGGAAGUUCGCUGUCGGCGAUAAGCUCACUCUCGCCGAUCUCGCUCUGACUGCCCACCUCUCUUUGGCUAUCGAGAACGACUCGGUUUGCUGCGGGAAGUUUCCCAGGCUGGCAAGUUAUUACGAACGUGUGAAGUACGAGCUUCCUUACUUUGAAGAGAUAUACAGGCCUGCCAUCAACCACUUCAAGCAGCUGUGGGCCAACCUUGAAUAAAUAUAAAAA